CCAGUUCCGUCUCAACUCCACCGUCCCCUACAAAUGAUCGUUUGAGUUCCAGUUACGAUUCAUAAUGUUUCCUGAAAUACUUCACUAAAUUACUGAACGUCCGGGCUGCAUUCGAGCGCAAUCGGCAUACGUUCUGCCUUAAGCCGUCUUCGGAACAAAGACGUUGGCGCCGCAAUUCGGAUGAGCAGUGAACAAUUAGCCCACCUUCUAUUUGCUUAUACUUACAUCUCAACAUAGUGUUGCGCCAUAUACACCAUACAUUGAAUUGAGUUUUGUAUUAGUUGAUUACUACGUAUGUUUCGAUUAAGGUGAGGAGCUCAUGGGGUUAAGACGAGUCCUACGGCACUGUUAGUACGACACCCGGUGCUGAGCACUCAUCAAUGAUCUCUGAAGCAUGCAACCACACACAGAUUAUGAUGGUUUUGCGUUAUGGUGGGGAACAGGGUCUAAAGGAUUUCAUGUGAAGUUUCACGAUCGAAAAAAAUAGAAAGAGAGAGAAAGAGACGGAUGGUAAAAUCAGGAAACUAUAUCAAUUAUGAAAAGCAGUAGUCAGUAGUGCAUUAAAGUAAACUAAAAAUGUACGCUGUAAGAAAACUUAAUCAUAAAACGAGCAAUAAUGAGGUACAUCAAAUUAAACAAAAGUGCAGUUUCAUCGAUUUACAUCAUUGUCUUCAUAUGUAUUGCUUGCGCGAUUAUCAUGUGCGAGUGUAUGUGUGUAUGUGUGCAAUACUUGUGCUUUGUAAAGAAGAGACAAAACAAAAACGAUACCGAGGUGAAAGGUGCGAAGAUAUGAUGGAUAUCACUUGUUAAUGCUCCCUCCUCUCUAAUCUACUAAGCUCAUUAGAUCCACUACUAUUUAGGAAGCAUUACAUCUAAAGGAACACUACACUUACAAUUACCACACGCGCAACCAUUUGCUGUUUGGCACAUCGAAUAUUGUUUGCUCUUUCGUUAGGUUUUCGAUAUCUUGAGUCAGCGCAAUCAAUUUGGCUACCAAUAUGACGUUACCAGUAGUAGACUUUACCAUUAUCCGAGCAUACUUUUCAAUUGAUUACGAAUAUGAAAUCAAGUGAACCUCAUUCUGUAUCACCUGCAAUUGAAUGAUGUCGUUCAAUGGAGAAUCUCUUAAAAUUCUAAACGAUUUGGUUUAAACUGUAAUUUUAAUCCGUUUUGCAGGGUGGAGAAAUUUAUCGGAAAUCUCAAGUGCAUAAUGCUCGUAGACAGACGAUUGUAAACGGGAAGAAAAACCAAACAAACAAAUAUUAUACCAUACCAUACCAUAUUUUCAUUGCAUUCGUGGUUUUGUGCGAUUUAAGUAUUUCGCUAAUGUUGUUAAUGCCUAAAUGAAUCGAAAUCUAAACAACGAUUAGCACGGACUGCGCUUCAAUUACUUAUCAACACAUAAUAUACCAUAAAUAUUUCACGUCCUGCACACGCUGGGCUACUAACCUUUUUGCAUAAGCUAAGGUAAGCAGUUGCCCUAUCCGUGUGCCCUACCUUUUAAGCAUGGCGUUAUAUGAAUGAAUUAAACAAUAGACCCUUUUCUACACUGGGUCCACCAUACACACAUACAAAUGCACAUUCCGGUUAUGUGCUCGCAUUGUGAAGUGUUUCAGUUUCGCCGCAUCGCUACUGAAAUAGUACGGUGCAGAUGGUGCUUCCAAAUGUGGUGGCAAAAGUAAUUGUAGAAAGUGAUCACGGAAUCGGAAUCUUUCCUCUGCCCAAAGAAGCAAGGAAAGUAGAGCCGAUCGGGGCUAUUGAGGAGCAAAGUGGAGUAGGCACAAACUUCAAAAUUUUGUCACAUGUCUUUGUGAAUAUCGAUAUACAACAAAUCAACAAACAAACAAAGAGGAAAAAGUAACAUUUGAACAAAUUAAGCUGAAAUCAAAUUAUACUUAUAAUUCAGAACAAUUAUUGACGUAGCAGUUUACGAACAAGGAACUAAAGGUUGGAAAAAGUGCGUGGGUCAGGGAAAAAGGUGUCGCUUACCUGUCUAACCUACCUAAGUUUGGAUGGAGUGGUAUUAGAUUGUAGUGUACAGGGGUCUGCGUCUUUGCUGUUGCAAAGAAAACCCCCAGGCUGAAGGAACUGCUAUCAUACGUAGCCAGAACACAAGCGGAAGGAAGAAUGCGGGAAAAAUUAAGGACAAUAUUUAGCAUUUCCAAUGAAGAUGGAAACUGUAAUUGUUACAUAAUGUAUAACAAAGAGACGCUGAUGAUACUGUAGAACGAAUGGAAGAGAGUGGAAUGGCGAGAAUGGCAGAAUGGUCGGAAUUGUAAAUGGUCGAAUUUCCCCCUGAAACGGAAGCUUCAUUCCACAAUGAUGCUUCGAAACAUCGAAGAGGAUUUGGUGCCUGAGAGCAAGCCAGGUUGAAAGUAGGAACUGAAGCUAAAGUAGUUAUGUGUGUUAAAUUCCGAUUCUGAUUCAAUAACACCUGAACAUACACUCAUAAAUUAAUCUAAUAUUACAGUACCCCCUGUUUCGUGCAUUAUACAAUAAGUUUUGUAAAAAAAAAAACAAUAUUAUCAUUUUGCAAACCCAGUCCAUCUGGAUCCGUGGGCAAGUCUGUUUUGUCCUGAAAACGUCUCUCAGUAGAUUGGAUUCGUAUUACUUACUGUUCUUGCUGUUUUAAGCACGCCUGCAUGAUGCUCGUCAUUUAGCACAUUUUAUUAAAUUUUUAUCAUUAAAUCGCCGGAAAUUUAGGUUGAUUAAUGUACUAACGCCUCUUUCAAUCGCCAUUUUACUUUCUUCGUAUAUGUUUUCAUACCGAAGAGCAACAGAAAGGGGAAUUUGUUUUUAAUUUAUUUGAUUGUAAAGCUUUCGAAAGCUUAGAGUUUAUUUAUAACUACCAAUAAUAGUAGCAACAUUCUAGUAAACUUAUCGACUCUACCCACACGGACAUCAUGACAAGGAUUUUGGUUGUGACAAAUGAAUAUUCGACACAAAAGACGAUUCUUGUUUGAAAUUCCAUUUUUGAUUUCUUCAUCUCUACUAUUACUAAAACGAAUAAGUAAAAUCACUUGAGAUAGCGAGGAAGCGGUGCGGAAAAGGAGAAUCUUGAAGGUUUUAAAUGAAACAAAAUGAUCCAUACAACGGUCGCGAGUCUCAAAUAAAAUCCUGCAGAAUAAUGCAUCACGAAA